AGAAGUAUACAUACAUACCCUUUACCCUUUCGCCUUGCCUUCUAUAUAUACUCUUCCGCUCCUCUACAACCAACAAUUCUUUGUAUCUCUUUCUGCAACUGCAAUGUUUAACUCACCAACAUCUCUCAUUUCUUUUAUUCUAAUCUCAUUCCUCUUUGCCUCCUCCAUCGCUCUGUCUCCAGCUUCUGCUCCGGCUCCUGCCAUGACUCUUCCAGCUCCCGUUCCGGCUCCUAUCCAGACUCAUCCAACUCCCGCUCCGGCUCCUGCCCAGACUUAUCCAGCGCCAUCUCCGUCCGAGAUUACACCGGCCCUUGCUCCUUCUCCUGACGUCUCUACCUCACCGACUCCAGCAACUCCUCCUUCUUCGAUCUUCUUCCCACCCUCUCAAGCUCCUGCUCCUGCUCCUGCAGCAGAAGAGAGCGUUGCCGUUUCGAAGAGCUUUGCUGUUUCUGGAUCUUUGGCCAUUGCCUUGCUCGCUGCCAUUUUGAUCGUGUAGACGACGACGGGCCAUGUCGGGCCGGAUAAGCCUGAUUUAGUGAGGCCUGUCUCAAUGCUAUGGCUAGCCCAUAGUAUUGCCUUGUUUGUAUUUCAUAUUAGUUGAUCUAAUGGUUAUGCAUUUAAUUAUUGGUUUUAUUA